GCUUCAACUUUCAGUGGGAAUUCUCAGUUCAAAAAGCUGCCAACGUCUCCUGUGAGCGUUGAGCUCGUUUCAGCUUUUUACUUUGAGACCCUGAAGACCACUGAGAAACAUGCUCUCUACCUGUGGGACUCGACAUUAAAAACGCUUUCUAUCUCAGCCAAAGAAGUUGGAGGACAAAAAAAAAAAAAGGAGACUGUUAAUAAUAAACGACUCGUGCAGGUGGUGUUGACCGCGAGACUCCCACCACUCAUCCAUCCCAGAACCUCACCUGAGCCCGACGAGGCAGCUAAACAUGUCCCUGGAGAGUUACUCAGCGCUGGACGAGCCCUCUCUCCGAGCUUUGCUGGAUGGAACCGUGGAUCUGGACGAGAGACGCCUCAUCCGUUCAGCCAUCCGAGAGCUGAGGAGGAGGGAGAUCGAGGACAUGGAGGCAGCGCUGGCCAGCAAGAGAUUUCGACCCACGCGCCUCAAUCAGCAGGAGGACAAGGAGAACCAGCACAUAUCUGAAUCCAGCAACAACCUGGACGUCCUGUCGCAAACACUGCAAUCGAUCCAAGAUGUUGAUGAGCUAACAAAAAUGCUCCGCGCUGCAAGUGAGUACGAGGAGAGGAAGAUGAUCCGAGCGGCCAUCCGACAGAUCCGAGAAGAGCAGCUGCAAGGUGCAGCGGAGAAGAGUAAAAUGUCCAAUCGCUCUCUGGAGGCUGGGAUUGUGGAACCCCAGAGCAGCAUGGGAAUUGGGGAGACUGAGAGGGAGAGUCGCAGUGAGCUGGAGUGCAUCAGAUCUCUGAACCAACAGACUCAACACAGCAGAGAGCUUCAGAGGAAAGGUUCCAACUCAGGCAUGAUGCUGGUUCUGGAUAACCUGGUGAAGGAUGACAGCUCUGGACCUUUAUGUAUUCAACCUCCAGCAGAAUCUUUGACCUCCGAGCCCAACCUGGUCUCGUCUUAUCGUCAACGGUCAGACUCCACAGCUUCGGACCGCAGCGGGUCCUCUGUGUGCUCUGUGUCCAAUCUGGACUCUGUGGCGUCAGAGAAGAGUCUCGGUCCAAACUUCCGAUCCCGGCUGGACUCUGGAGCCUCAGACAGGAGCCAGAGUUCCUCCCAGCGGGGUCGUCUGGACUCUGCUKCAUCAGAGAAAAGCAGCGGCUCGUUGUCUUAUGCCAGGCAGAGAACGGGCUCAGAUUCAUGUCAGGUCAGGCCUCGUCUCGGGUCCGGGACUCUCGACGGCAUCGGUUUGUUGUCAUGGAAACGAACAGACUCAAUGACCUCUGACCACAGUGCGACUACAUCGUCUGAGGACAAGAGUCCAGUGGAYGAGGUUGAGGGAACCACGAGUGGUUCAGCUUGCAGCACGGAUUCAGAGACUGAAAGAAGCCAAUGUCCAGCCAGCAUUCAGACUCAGUCUGAACAAGACCUCAUUCCUGACCAAGAGGAGCCAGAUGGGRCAGUUUUCUCUCGAAGAAAUGCUGUGAAAGGCCUCCUGAAUGGCAACACCAAGAGGGGGAAGGACUUCCAGAGUCAAAAGAUAACAGUUAACGGCAAUCUGUCACUCACUCACAGCAAAGCCAUGGAUCCAGCUCCUGAAAAGAAAGAUGUUAUCUCAGAACAGUUCAGCCGCACUAACUCUGUCCGUGAUCGAAUGCGCAAGUUCACAGAAGCCAGCCAAAGCCCAAACAUCCCGGCUUUGAAGAAAACCCCUCUGAGGAAUGGGAUCACCUCCGUCAGCGGCAGCCARACAAACGUCUCCAGAGCUGCAGAACUGUUUACACACCCACCAGCAUCCCUUAACACGUCUGGAGACCCGCCAGCGAGGCCACGUGUGGGCUCAUUGUCCAGCACUCCAGCUGCAUCCCACAGUCAGGAUGCACCUAACCCAGGAGGAGUGGCCAACAAGGCUCUGYCGUGGGCCGGCCAAUCACAGAGCCCUGUGGGCGGGACAGGGCUUCCAGCUGAAAAAGAUGUGCCGGCCUCCAGUGAGGCAAAGGAAGAGAGAACCCCAGGGAGAGCAGCUGGAAAAACAGUCCCUGAGGGAGAGGAAGACCCCGACAUGAAGACUUUCCUCACCAUUGAGAUCAAAGAUGGCCGCACCACCACCAACGCCGCCUCGUCCACACCGAGAGGCAACAUGGUACCCAUCACCAACAUGACCCCACACMUCACCACUCUGGGGCAAAGGCCAGAGUUGACACUCGGCCUUAGAGCAUCGCCGUUCAAGAUCUCCUCAUCUAGCUUCUCCUCUGGACCCUCCAUCAAGAUGGAGACUGAACCCGUCGUUGCCUCUGAGCCGGUGUUUUCAGUUGGACAGUCUGCGCAGGUGAGACAUCAAGUCUCAGCCAUCCCCAACGGAUCCAGCUCUCAGACCAAGCCUGCAGAGAGCUCUGGAAAACUGACAGCUGAAAAGCUUGCUUUGAUUGAAGAUGAAGAGCUUCUUGACAAAAUGCUUGAUGAGUCCAAAGACUUUGAGGAGAGGAGGUUGAUUCGUGCAGCCAUGAGAGAUUUGCGCAAGAAAAAGAGAGAGGCCAUGAUGGGAUGUACCCAAGAGGAAAUGGACCAGAGGGAAAAAGAGCGCGAGACUCGGAUGCAGGAGCUGCGGCAGCAGAGAGAAAAGCUGUCCCAGACAGGUCGCUCGGGGCCCGGAGCUGGAGAGGUGGUGAUCAGGAAGSUGGAGAAGUCAGCAGAUGGUUCAACCCUGAGCCAAGUCACCAAGACAAAYCGUUUUGCACAGUCUGAUGAUGGGAGCAAAUCAACCCGUAGCACUGUUGUAGAGACCAGUUUUGUGCAGAAAACAGAUCGAGGAACAGUCCAGUCGAAAUCGUACAGCUUCACCUCUUCCUCAUCCUCUAACACAAGCAAAAAAGUGGGCAGUGUGUUUGAUCGAGAGGACGACACGUCGUCUCGAAGCGGCAGCAGCAGCGGGUUGUCCGCCACGGAGCGGCGGCAGGCAGAGAGGCGCAAGGAGCUGAUGAGGGCUCAAACUCUGCCAAAGACGUCGGCCAUGCAGGCUCGCAAAGCCAUGAUAGAGCGGCUGGAAAAAGAGGGAGGGGGCCCUGGGAAUCAGGCUGUAGCCAAAGUAAACAAGGUGCAGCGCUCGACCAGCUUUGGCGUACCGAACGCAAACUCCAUCAAGCAGAUGCUGCUCGACUGGUGUCGUGCCAAGACGCGUUCAUAUGAGCACGUGGACAUUCAGAACUUCUCAUCCAGCUGGAGCAAUGGGAUGGCGUUUUGUGCCCUGGUGCACAGCUUCUUCCCCGACGCCUUUGACUACGACUCCCUGAGCCCCAGCAAUCGCAGGCAAAACUUUGAGGUGGCCUUCAACGCUGCAGAGACCCACGCUAACUGCAUGCCUCUGCUGGAGGUGGAGGACAUGAUGAUCAUGGGCAACAAACCAGACUCCAAAUGUGUUUUCACCUACGUCCAGUCUCUGGUUAACCACCUGCGAAGAUAUGAGAUGUCCAUGGGUCGCCCCUGUGACCUCUGACCUGUGAACUGAGUUCACUCAGACUGGACUCCUCCUCCUCCGACACCAGAAGACCACCUGAGAGGCCGGCUCAAAGAGUUGCACAUCUCUGAUGGACGAGUUAGGGAUUAAGUUUGUGUGCGUGUGUCAUUGUACUGAAUAUAUAUGUUGGCAGUGUUUUUUUWAUGUUUCUUCUGGACCUAACCAUGUCCAACAAAGUCUACCUCUUUUACAGGAAGAGAGGACACGUAUAUUUUAGGGCCUACAAAAAUUUUAACAUUUAUAUUGGUUUUGGCUUCAUACUGAUCUAAACAUGUGGCAGUCAUUUACUUACACCACCCUCUUAAAAAAGAGAAAUAUAUUUAUAUUUCCCAUUUUAAUGUAUUUAUAUUGAUUUUUUUUCCAAGUCUUUCAAAGUUGUCUGCACCUAGGUUGGUAAUUCCACUGAAACGGAAACAUUUACUCAAAUGCAUGAUUUGCUUUUUAUUCUGGUACUUUCCCCCUCAUUUUAAACCAAACUC